AUGUCAUUAGUAGUAUUUACUUACUAUGACUCCUAUGAGGCUGCCAAUCAGAGUACUGCAUUAGCAUCAAGGCAGCUGCAAAAGAACCUGAACGGGUUAGCCGAGAGACAGGGAGGUAAAAAAAAAAAAAGUGAAAUGAGAAAGGCGAUUGUCACCGAAUGGUAUCAUCAGCAGCAGCAACGUGAUGUUGCAGAAGGGGGUGGCAUGGGGCGAAUCGGCUUGAGUAGAUGCUCAAAGAAGCUUGCCAAGGAGGACAUCCCCGAGGCAGGUGACCGUGGUGUGGCAUAUCUACUAGUGACUACUAAGAUACUACUAGUUAACUAUCAUGCUGAUGAUAACACUGAUAAAGAGUUGAAGGGAGGGGGCGCCUAA